AUGUCCACUUGCCUCCUCACCAUCGGACGGAGAGACAGACAUGUCAUUCCAGAGGUUCUCCCGUCCGAAAUACGACAUGCUGUCAUAUCGGUAAGAAAUCGUACGGCACCCGGUCCCGACAGAAUACGACCAGAACACCUGAAGAACCUUCCGCCAGUACUCAUCAACACCCUGGUGAGGCUCUUUACACGUUACCUGUCGGAAUGCAAGGUUCCUAAACAGUGGAAGACCAGCAAGACCGUGUUGUUGUGUAAAAAGGGAGAUCCACAUGACAUCGGCAAGUAUCGCCCAAUCUGCUUACUGUCCGUCAUCUACAAGCUCUUUACAAGAGUAAUCCUUAAUAGGAUUGAAAAAGUCUUGGAUGAAGGACAGCCAUGCGAGCAAGCAGGGUUUCGAAAAGGAUUCAGCACGAUUGAAAACAUUCGCACUGUUUCGAAACCCAUCGAGGUAUCACGAGAGUACAAGGUGCCGCUCUGUCUCACCUUCAUUGACUUAAAGAAGGCCUUCAACUCAGUUGAGACGGAGGCAGUCGCAGAAGCCUUGGACAACCAAGGCGUCCCUACUCAGUGCAUUAAGGUACUUGGAGAGUUGUACAGUAACUUCACGACCUGA